AUGAUUCCCAACGGCUUCCAUUUCUCUCUGCAACUAUCCAACUCAAGUACUUGAAUUCCACUCGGGUCAAAAUUCGUGACACCAUCGAAAACUCCGAAAAUUCAAGAUGUGUAGAUCGACGGACUUCCACGGAUUUCAGUCGCGGAGAGACCGAUUGAAGAUUCGGGAAUUUUUUCUUCGGUUUUCGGGUUUGAUUACCCGGGAACCGUUACCCGAAUCGCUCACGCUUAUGUAUCUUCCACGGAUCAACGAGAACGAGCUUGAAAUCGACGGGUCGAAGAUCCGACCCGACUCACCGGCAUUUGUGACGCUUUACCGGGUCGUGAGCGCGAAGGUGAGGGAGGGGGAGGUGGUGUUCGGGUCCCGGGAACGGGUCGGGGCUGGCGACGGAAUCCGGUUCGAGGUGUAUCUGAGGGAGGAGAAGGUGCUGAAGGGAAUUUUCAGGAAGGACGAGCGGCAAGAGUGGAAAUUGGAGUGCAAGUGCGUGCUGGAGGGCGAGAGGGUGGCGGCGGAGGUCGCGGAUGCUGAGGUCUGCGUGGCGGUGGAGGGACACGUGGCGAUGAACGAGAGAGUGAAGAUGGUGGUUAAAAAGACGAAAAAGCACCGGAAAUGCGGGUUUAAGCGGCUGGAGGAGAUUCCUGAGGAAGGAGCGGUGGAUGAUGAAUAUGAUGAAUCGGACGGCUGUUGUUGCAACUGUAGAUCUGACGGUGGAGAUUCGGAGAUGGGGAGUGACGUGGAAGGUGACGAUGAGGGGGAGUUGGAGAUGGAUAUGGAAGGAGUGAGAUGGGCCGUGGAUGUGGGGAUCUGGGUCGUGUGUUUGGGUGUGGGCUACUUUGUUUCUAAAGCCUCUUCCAAAAGCUUAAGACGCAGAAGAUUAAUCUAAGGCCCAUUCAGUUUUUUUUUUUUUUUUCCGUAAUUUUCUAAUACUAAUUUUGGACAAUUUGUUUUUAUUUUUAUUUUUUUUGUCAAUAGAUUUUAUUAGAUUUGACGUUAGAUUAAUCAUCGACGGGGUUUGAAUCACGCUGUUAUACAAAAGUUCAACAUCUUUCGACCAUUGUGAGGGACAUAAAGUUAUGAGGUCCAGUUUUGAAUGUAAUUCUUUCACAACUUAAUUACAUUUUUACCCCUCAAGUUUCCACAAA